AUGACAUCAACUUUUUCAAAUACAGUUUCAUCAGUUAAAGUUAAUGAUAAUUCAAAUCGUCAUUGUCAUGAAAUUGAUCAUCAUCGUGUACAUACAAAACGUGCAGUUACACUUGAUGUUGAAACUCAUAAAGAAAAACUUCGUAUUGUUGUACUCGGAGCAACAAAAGUUGGUAAAACAUGUUUAUGUCAACAAUUUUUACAAGAAAAAUUUUUAACUGAUCAUAAAGAAACAGUCGAUGAAUUACAUAGUGUUGAAAUAUCACUUGUUGAUCGUCGAAUAAUCCUUGAAAUAUUAGAUACAGCUGGUAUUGAUGAAUUUCCAGUUAUGAGACGUAUUGCUAUAGCACAUGGUGAUGCUUUUCUUAUACUUUAUGCUGUUAAUGAUAUACAUUCAUUUGAUAUUGCAAAACAAAUGUAUCAACUUGUCCUUGAAAUAAAAACUAAUUCAACAACACAAUCUAUACCAAUAAUAAUUGUUGCAAAUAAAUGUGAUUUAGAAAUUGAAAAACAUGAAAUUACACAAGAAUAUGCUAAAAAUACAGUACAAGAUCAAUGGAAAGCAAUUCUUAUUGAAGUAACAUGUCAUGAACGUGAAUCUGUACUUAAUAUAUUUCGUACAUUACUUAAUUUGGCUAAUAUUAAUUUAGCAUAUAGUUCAGACAUAAUACGUCGUUCUUCUGAUCCAAUUUUACCUACGAAUAGAGGACAACGUUCUAUAACUAAACGACAAAGUUGUACGCAUCAAUAA